CGGAGGGGAGGGGGUGUGCAGCUGCUGCAGGCAACAAACGCCACCCUUCACUUUCUUCAAGCCCCUAGGGGAAAUGGAAAGAGAUUCACGAGAAAGGUGUCAUUUCUACCCAAGAAGGACAACAACACAGUGUAAUGGAGACCCUUUGAUUGGCUCUCGCAGGAGCCAAUCGGCAUGCAGGGAAUGUGUCCCGGGGAAGCCUCAUCCUCCGUUUGCACUCACCUGAUACGUUACCUGUCUGCUGUAGCAGUCAAGGUGUUCCUCUCAUUGGACUGCACUUGGACAAAGGCAGGCAACCAUGGCUGUGACCAACUUCCACUACAUUACACGCAUGAGCAGUGGCUUCAAGGUCUACAUUUUAGAAGGUCAGCCUCACCUGAGGAGUGAAGACCGAUACAGACAUAUGACAAAUGAACGAGCUCGAACCCCAGCAGUGUAUCCUGUCAAACGCAAGCGCAGCCAUGAAAGAUGUCUAACUUUGGAGGAACGGCGAGAGCGGGUGUUGAGCAGAAGCAAUGGUAAAGCUGCCCAGACAUCAGCGCCUGCACCGGCACCAGUACCAGUACCAGCAGCAGCAAUGUUUAACAGCCCUCGAAGUCCCACAUCAACUUGGAGCCCAACUCCCAGUCCCACCAGCCCUCUGCCCACUCAUGUGUACUACGCCCCAGUCAUGGAUGAACCUCUUGCCCUCAUCAAGAAACCAAGAAAGGAUUCAGAGAGCACAGAGGACAAGAUUAAAAACACCCCCACCACUCAGAUUCAGAUGCGUCCCUCCGUGAUCACUUGUGUGUCCUCAUUAAGAAACCCCACCUCCAGAUCUGAUGUUGACCACAGCCAGUCAUCAGUGAUCUCCAAAUGCAACUACGAUCAUGUGGUCGAGGAACAUUUCCAGAGGAGUCUCGGAGCGAAUUACCAGAAAGCUCACUCCCAGCAGCUCUCCAUCAGCGUGUCGGUCGAUGACCACUUCGCCAAGGCCUUGGGAGAUAAGUGGCUACAGAUUAAGUCCAAGUCUUCCUCCUGCUCCUCCACACCCCCCAGCAGUCCAAGCAUUACUCACUCCCCAGCCUACAGGCAAAGCCCACAUCCGUCCCAUAAAGAAUCCACAAGCAACUCGUCGCCGACCUCCAGCCACUGGUCCGUCAAUUGACUUAAAAAUGACCUACGACCCUUGGCGGAGAAUUGACUUAUCAUUUCACUGUCUGCCGCACUGCUUGUUGACCGAAUGGGCACUUUUUAGGGGUGAUGUCAGAUUGGACCACCGUGUGUCUUCACAGGUGCAGACAAUUGUAGCAUCAACUGAGAUCAUCUUGUCUUGUUACAUUUCUUUCCUCAGCUUACCAAUAAUAUCUGAGAUAGAUGCUGUUAGAAUUAAAGAACCAGCCAAAUAUUCCUUUACAUUUCCUAUUUGCAUUUCAUUGUAUGAUAUUUAUAUUAAUUUCACCUUUACAGUUUAUCUGGCAGGUGUCUAUAUUUGUUGUAUAUUAUCGUGACACUUUUUAUGCAAAAGAUAGACCUUGAAAGGCUUUGGAAAGUUUGGAAAAA